CGGCAACUGAAGAGCCACGUCUUUUGUAAUUAAAAGAUCUAUUAAGACAAAUAAUUUCGUCGAGAAUUGAUUUUAAAUGAUUGCCGUCAGGAUUGGCUUGGGUAUCCUGUGCAACUUGUAACGAAGCAGCACUUUUAAUACAGAUGGCCGUUCAGUGUGUGUCAAAAAUCGAGCUCUCCAUCUCUUGCAGUAAUCUGCUGGAUAAAGAUGUUGGAUCCAAAUCUGAUCCCCUCUGUGUUCUGCUGCAAAGUGUUGGGGAAGACCAAUGGACAGAGGUGGACCGUACGGAGAGAAUCAAAAAUUGCCAGGACCCCGAGUUCUCAAAAAAAUUUCUCAUCGACUAUUACUUUGAGAAGGUGCAGAAAUUAAAGUUUGGUGUUUAUGACAUCGACAACAAGUCUGUUGAUCUCAAAGAUGAUGACUUUCUGGGAGGCUUUGAAUGUACCCUCGGUCAGAUUGUCUCAAGCAGGAAGUUGACCCGACCCCUUCAGCUCAAAGCAAACAAACCAGCUGGGAAAGGUGCAAUAACGAUCACAGCCGAUGAAGUGAGAGACAACAGAGCUAUCGUGCUGGAGAUUGAAGCCAAAAACCUUGAUAAGAAGGAUCUGUUUGGGAAAUCCGAUCCAUUCCUGGAGUUUUUUAAGCAAGGAGAAGAUGGGAAAUGGCAGCUAGUUUACAGGACAGAGGUCAUCAAGAAUAAUCUGAAUCCAUCUUGGAAAAAGUUUACAGUCUCCCUGCAUACAUUCUGCAAUGGUGACAUAAACAAACCCAUUAAGGUUGAUUGUUAUGAUUAUGAUAGCGAUGGCUCUCAUGAUCUCAUUGGUGUGUUUCAAACUAAUGUGUCAGAUCUGCAGAAAGCAGUUCAUGGCUCUCCGGUUGAAUUCGACUGCAUUCAUCCGGAUAAACAGAAGAAAAAAAAGAAUUAUAAAAACUCUGGAGUCGUCAGGAUUAAAGAUUGCAAGCUAGAGGCACAGUAUUCAUUUCUGGAUUAUGUAAUGGGAGGUUGCCAAAUUAAUUUCACGGUGGGCAUUGACUUCACUGGGUCUAAUGGAGACCCCCGCUCUCCUGACUCUCUGCACUAUCUCAGUCCUAAUGGUGUGAACCAGUAUCUGUCAGCCAUCUGGUCCGUUGGUAUGGUGGUCCAAGACUAUGACACUGAUAAACUUUUCCCAGCCUUUGGAUUUGGUGCUCAAGUACCUCCAGACUUCAAGGUGUCCCAUGAGUUUCCACUGAACUUCAACCCUAGUAGCCCAUAUUGCCAAGGAAUUCAGGGCGUUGUGGAUGCAUACCGUGCAGUUUUGCCUCAGGUCCGUCUCUACGGUCCUACCAACUUCUCGCCAAUUAUCAAUCACGUGGGCCGUAUUGCAGCCGGAGCCGCCCAGCAGCCAAAUGCAGCUCAAUACUUUGUGCUGUUGAUUAUCACCGAUGGAGAAAUCACUGAUCUAGACCAGACCAAGCAAGCUAUUGUGAACGCCUCCAAACUGCCCAUGUCCAUCAUCAUCAUAGGGGUAGGAGAGGCAGACUUUAAGGCCAUGGAAGUUUUGGAUGGGGACAAUGGAGUUCUCAAAUCUUUGUCCGGAGAGCCGGUGGCCAGGGAUAUUGUGCAGUUUGUUCCGUUCAAACAGUUUGCCAAUGCGCCUAAAGAAGCUCUGGCUCAAAGUGUUUUGGCUGAGGUGCCAAAUCAGCUUGUGUCAUACUUUAAAAUGAGAAACUUGGGUCCCGUCAACCCUCCAGCACUUACCAAGUAGGCCCAGGUUAGCAAUAGUAGAAGUGUCAAUGUGAUCCAGAUAGCUAUAGAAUUAGUUGGAAUGACUGCGGACCACCACUAGAGGGAGCCACAGCUCCUACAGGAAGAACUAUGGGGAUGUUACGAGCCGUUAUGCAGACCAUUCAUCCUCCACUUCAAUACUCUUUUAUAUCAUGCAAUCAAUUUUUCUUUAUAGUCCUUGUAAUUCAUAUAUUCCUUUAAUCUUUCAACACGGAUACUUAUUCUCUAUUCCACGACUGAGAUCUUCUGUUUUAUAGAUUUAUUUUUCUGUAUGGUGAUAUGUAUUUUUUAUAUUUUGUUUAUGAUACAGAUGCCUUAAUUUCCUUAAAUCAAGAUUUGAAUGAAUUCACUUUUGCGACGCAUUGUGGCACUUGCACAGCUUUUUUAUAUGCAAUAUUAUAUGCAAUAUCUGAAAUGCUGGUAUAUACUCCGCACUUUCUGCUCUAUAGUAGUUAAGCUUAGAUUAGGAUUGCAGUGUGUAUACCUCAAUUAUUAUGCUGCCAUAGAUUAACAUCCUAAAUUGAAAAAUCAUAAUUACUAGCUAGAAACUAACCAAAGAGAAGCACAUUUUCGCAGGGAAUCAAUUGGAAGAUUGGAUUGCUGUUAUGUUAUUUUUUGUUGAGAGAUAUGAAUAAUUUAAUAUGCAUAUAUAUGUACUACUAAAUUAGUAGUAAUGCCAACGACUAGGAUAUUGAGAGAAAUAGUGUAUAAAAUACAGUGCAUCAGUUAUAUAGGCAUUAUAUGGGUGAUUCUCACGAAAACUUGGUUUUAAAAAUGUCAAGCAUAAAAAUUUAAAAAUUGCUUAAAUUUACUUUUUUCCCACCAGACAUUGAAAAACAAAGUCUGGAGUAAAUGGGAACAUUAAUUUAAAAACUUUUACUUAUCAUUUAACACUUUUUGUAACAUUAUUUAAAAAAUGAGUCCUAAAAAAUCUCAUUACCGCAACAGUCAGAAAACAUCAACACUGACAUAUUUUCAAAAUGACAUGACAAACCUGAAAGAACAUAAUUUGGAGAUUCUGCACAUGCAUUUAAAAUCAAAGUAUUAUGCUUCUAUUAAUUAAAUUAACAUUUAAUAAGCAUCUGUUGCGGUAAUGAUAAUGAAAAUGUUGUGUAAGCAUUCUGACAAGACAAUAUUUCAAAUUAACUGUAAAAAAAAAGAUCUUACCUGGUAGCCAUCUUGAAGUAACUGGUCCAUGUGCUUGGUCACUCAAAAUCAAACUUUAUUAAAAUUCUGUAUGUGUGCUUAAACUGUUCUCAAAAAGUGUUGCGGAAGAUGAGAACAUCAGGCAUGGACACAUCAUUUUCCUAAUUGUUCUUCAUUAUUAUUAUACAUGAAUAUUCAGUAAAUUUUUUUCUGUCAUCUAAAGUAGUCUAGCAAAACAUCCAUUUAUUUUUUUUCUUAAUAUUUUUGUGUUAAUUUGAUUAAAUUACAACAUAACACAUGUUCAAACAUAGCCGGACACAUUGCGGUAAUGAGAAUUUCAGCAGAAAAUUAGAUAAAAUUUCCAAUUAUAAAUUCUUAUGUUGAAAUCACACAUUGUGCAAGGUAGAACACAGUAUUGUGUUAAUUCUGAUGCUUUUUAAUGUUACUAUAUUACACAUUUUAAAGCUAAAAUCAUUAGUGCCGUGGUGUUUCAAUGGUUUCGUGAGAAUCACCCAUAUAUAGAUGUUGGGACCAGCCGUGAAUCUAGAAAUGUUUUGUCAAUACCCCAUGUGCCAUUUAAUGUUUUAAAGAUGUGUCUGAAAUUACAGAAAUCUUGCUGUUAAUGUUUGCACCUUAAUUGCACAGUAGAGGAAAUCUGCACUUCUUUACUAGAGCUAUUAAAAUGAGUGCACAUAUAGACUUAAACUUGCCAAGUAAAGCCUUAUCUUGUUUAAACAAUCCUGCUCUUCAAUUGAUUUAAAUAGAAAAUAAUAUUGUAACUAUAUUACCUUUUUCCUCCCUUUUUUUUUUAAUGAAUCUUGAUAUGAUUGAGUGAUGUUUACUUUACACAGCAACAUGUUGGGAAGUUAUGCUAAAUAAAAUUGCUUUAUUAACACACA